CACCAACCACUUACCGCCACCUCACGCCAAAGCACCAAGUCCGAAACCACCACCUAUUUCCAGACGGUGCAAAGAUGGGGAAGAAGUCCGAGACUAUGGUCCAUGUCCGUGGCCUCCCGCCGUCGUUUACCACUGCACAGCUGGAAGCGCUCUUCUCUGAAGUCGGUCCGCUCCGACAUGCCUUUGUGGUCACCGAAAAGGGCUCAAUGGUCUCGCGUGGUUUUGGCUACGUUCAUUUUGCGCUCAAGGAAGAUGCCGCAAAGGCCAUCUCAAAGUUCCACAAGCGAUCCGUCAAGGGUCAUUCUCUGACUGUCGUCUACUCUUCUCGUCGUCUUCGGGAGCCGCUGCCUGGUGCUGACGGUGAAUCGGAUGCGCCUGGUCUCGUCAUCGGGACAAAGGAUGAUGAUGAUGCCAAGGCAAAGAAGGCUCCCGUCGCCAUGCCUCCGGCUGCGCUAGCAAAGGCAAAGGCCGAAGAGGCAAAGGCUGCCCGCAAGGCCGCCGAUCCGGCUACCGACAAGCUCGAGCUGCUCGCAUCGGAAAAGGCCAAGGCCGAGAGCCACAAGGAGGGCAAGAAGGGGAAGAAGAGCAAGAAGGGCAAGAAGGGCAAGUCCGGCGCACCCGUCGAGGCCAAGUCGUGGACGAGGAACAAGAUGCUUGCCCGGACGGUCGUUGUUCGCGGCUUUACCAUCUCCGAGGUGACCAAGGGCAAGCAGGCCCUCCGCGUCUUGCUCAAGAAGGCUCUCAAGAUCAAGCUCGGCUCGCUCCACUCGUUCGCCUUUCCUGUCCUUGGCAGCGACAAGAUGGAGGUGACGCCGACCUCGGGCCCGCUCUCGUCGGAAAAGUACAACGCCUCAUCGGCUCACACCGUCGACGUCGACAAGCUCACGCCCGAGGAGCUCAACAUGCUCGGCCAGCUCGCCGGUGAGUCGCCCGCAGAGAUUCAGGCCCACCUUGUGUUCCUCACCCCCAAGCUCGCCCGCGCUGCCGUCGAAGCCCUCGACGACCGCAUCCACAAGGGCGUCCCGCUCCAGGCAUGGAUUGUCCUUGACCCGCUGCGCAAGGCCAAGGUCUCGGGCAAGCCCGGCCGCCUCAUCGUCCGCAACCUGCCGUGGUCUGUCGACGCCGCAAAGCUCCGCGCCGUCUUUGAAGUCCACGGGCCGCUCGUCGACGUCCACCUCCCGCUCAACAGCGAGGGCAAGUCGCGCGGUUUUGGCUUUGUUGAGUUCUCGCGUCGCGAGCACGCCGCCGCCGCCAUCGCCGCCGUCAACGCCGCACAACCGUUCCGCAGGCCCAUUGCCGUCGAUUUUGCCUUUGCCAAGAGCGUCUUUGAGGCCGCCGUCAAGGACGACGAGAGCGACGCCAGCUCGGACUCGGGCUCGGACUCGGGCUCAGGCUCGGACGACUCGGACAGCGACUCGGACUCGGACUCGGACGCCCGCCGUCGCUCAAAGUCCAGCGACCGCCCGGCCCGGCCCGCACGCGAGGCCCCGUCCGACGUCAACGAGAAGCGCACCGUCUUUAUCCGCAACAUCUCGUUUGAGACCCAGAACCACGAGCUCGCCGAGGCCUUCUCGGCCUUUGGCAACGUCCUCUUUGCCCGCAUCGUGUAUGACAAGGUCUCGGGCGAGUCACGCGGCGUCGGCUUUGUCAAGUUUGACACCGCCGCGCAGGCCGCCGCCGCCAUUGAUGCCGCCGCCAUCCGCUCGGACGACCUCAACAUCUCAAAGUCCACCGCAAAGUCCAAGUCGCAUCUCAACCGCCGAUCGGUCGUCGCCUCGAUGGGCCUCCGCCUCGACGACGAGGACGUCGACGACGACGAGCCUGAGCUUGACACUGAGGGCAAGCCGGCCCACGCCGGCCAGGGCAUCUUCCUCAACCAGCGCCGCCUCUUUGUCGUCCUCGCCGUCGACAAGUCGCGCGAGCGCGAGUUGGUCAACCACCGCGCCGAGGCCCGUGCCGAGGCCGAGCGCCGCGACGCCCGCAACGUGGCCAUCGCCAACGAGGGAGUCAUCCUCCCGGGCUCCGCCGCCGCCGUCGGCAUGUCCGAGUCGGACCUCAAGAAGCGCGUCAAGGCUUACGAGGAGAAGCAGGCUGCUCUCAAGAACCCCAACAACAUGGUCUCUACGAAGCGCCUCGCCAUUCGCAACAUCCCGCUGACAAAGACCGAGAAGGAGCUCAAGGCCGACAUUCUCAAGGCCCUCAACCGCAAUGUCCGCCACAAGAUCAUCAAGCAGGUCAAGAUUGUCCGCGACAAGAACCGCAUCACCGCCGCAGGCAUCGGCCGCUCGCGCGGCUACGGUUUCGUCCAGUUUGCCCAUCACGACGACGCCCUCAAGGCUCUCCAGCUCCUCAACAACAAUCCGGAGUUCUACUCUGACGAACGGCGCCUCAUCGUCGAGUUUGCUGUCGACGCCAAGGAGGCCAUCGAGCGCCACGAGCUCUCCGUCAAAGCCUCGCGCACUGCCCCCGAGUCCGCAAACGCCUCCUCGCGCGCUGGCAGAAAGGCGCCUGCCAAGAGCAACAAGCUCUCGCUGUUUGGCUCAGACAACGAGGUUCGCAAGCGCCGGCGUGAGCUCGCCGCCGGCAACGACUCGAUCGAGAAGCAGCCGUCCAACGAUGAGCGACGCGCCGCCAAGCGCCGCAAGCUCAACGCCGCCCGCGAUGCCCUCGAUGACGCCGCUGUCGUCGAGCCCGAAGUGCCACAGAAGAAGCUCUCGCGUCGCAAGGCGAACAAGGCCAAGCGCAAGGCCGAGGCCGCUGCUGCCGCCGCCGCUUCGUCGUCGUCCCAGGAUGCUCACAGAAGGAGCAAGAACAGCAAGAACGCUGGUGGCAGCGACAACAAAUCGCGCAAGCGCAAGGCUGAGAGUGGCAACAACGCCGGUGGCUCGCUGGUCGACGAGUUCCGCGCCGUCCUCGCCUCUGCCGGUGGCAAGAAGAAGAAGCGCUGGUUCGAUUAACACUAUGAUAGCUGCAGAA